CACCACAUUGCGAACCCCACACCUCUACACAAUACCAUGUCCGGUGCCAGAGGGAGCGGUCGCGGCCCGCGAGGAGGAGGAGCAGCUGGUGCAAGAGGCGGCAGGACAGGCCCCUCAGCAGCAGCAGCUACUCCCAUCCGCGGGCCAGGGACUGCACCGAGUACGAUCCGCGGUCCGCCGACCACCACCACCACCUCCUCCUCCUCCCACGCAGGGCCAAGUAAGCCCACUCCCCCGCUCUCCGGCCCCUCCUCCUCCCGCUCCACGCCAGUCGCCUCGUCCACAACCAACUACUCCGGUGCAACCACAGGCGUAAUAGGCCACAAGGACAAGUCCGGCCGAAUAGUCGACCUCGUAGCAUCAGACGACCGCUGUCCCAACUGCAAGACGGACCGUUACCUCAACCCUCGUCUAAAACUGCUCGUCUCCCCCUGUUAUCACAAGCUCUGCACAUCUUGCAUCGACCGUAUCUGGUCCCUUGGUCCAGCACCAUGCCCGCAGUGUGGGCACGUAUGUAGGAAGAGCCAAUUUGGGGCGCAGACGUUUAGCGAUCUGGAUGUGGAGCGCGAGGUGGAUGUGCGCAAGAGAGUGGGGAGGUUGUUCGCCUCGCGCAGUCAGGAGGAUUUCGAGACGUUGAAGGGGUACAACGAUUGGCUGGAGGAGGCGGAACGACUGACGUUUAAUCUGGUGAACCGCAUAGACGUUGAGGAAACGAAUGCCCAGCUGGCCAAGUACGAGGGGGAGAUGAAGCGCAACCUCGCCGCCGCCAAGAACGGGGGAGGAAGCAAUGGCAGCGCCGCUGCGGGGGAUGGGGCUCUGCUCGAAUCACUCGAGUCUCGCCUGUCCUCCCUGCGCCAGUCCCGCGUGGCCAGACGCAAAGCGCAUGACGUCGAGGAUGCUGCGCUCAAGAAACAGCAAGAGGACGCAAUCGUUGCUGCUCUAGAAGACGGGUCCGAAGAGGACGAGUUGGAGGCGAUACAGAAUCAGUGGAGGGAGAACAGGGCUCAGCUGGAGGCGAGGCGCGAAGAGGAGGAGGCGCGGGAUGUGGUGCAAGAGGAGGAGCUGAGGAGGGAGAUAGCUGACGCUCAGAGUGGUGCUGGGCGUAGGAUCACCACCGGCCAAGGGAAAGGUGGGGCAGGAGCGGAUCGCACGGAAUGGAAGGCGGACUCCCUCCUUCAGUUCAGCGGGCCUAUGGCCACCCUAGCUGCGGGAGACGAGCUCCUUCAGCACGCAGUGGGAAAGCUACACCCGCCAGCUGAGCUGCUCGAGAGCUCCCCUACUAGAGCGGGGGAGGUUCAGGCGGUAUGGACGCCCUAUGACCCGUGGAUCGAGCCCUUCCUCUCCCACUUGCACGAAGAGGAGGGCGGCGCGAAGCUGGGCCCCUUCAAGGCAGGAGGGUACGAUGUGGCUGAGUGGUGGAGGGCGCAGAUGCGCGCAGGGGUGGCGACGCUCGGCGUUAGUGUUGAUGCGAAGGCAGGUGCAACUUCAGCGUAGCAGCCGGUAUCACGUCGUUGCACCUAUCCUCAUCAUGUACUUGUAAGGGAAGCAUUCCGAAUGUACAUAUCGUAGAGUAGAGUGUGUCGUGUCGUG